AUGCGAAGCGUCGAGGUGGCCAAGACGGUGCUCGAGGUCGCCGAUGUGGCUUGGACCGCCGUUGAACACACCCACCAUUACCGCCGCCACGGUCAUUCCGUCCCCGCCACCACCGCCGAUGACUGCCCCUCCGACCAUGAUUUGGAAGCCCUGCGAUCAGAAAAUCAACGCCUCAGGAACUUGCUGCAUCAGAAUCUGAAACUGCUCCAAAACCUCUCUGAAUCGCCUUGCGUCGAUGAUUGCCCUCCCGAUUUAAAUGACCGCUUAGUUGCUACCAUGAGGUCUGACGAGUACCUGACUCGGCUCAAGUUCCUACAACAGGAAACUGCUAGCGGAGGAAAUCAAUUUCCUUUCAAGGAGGCUACUGAGGUUGAUUAUCAAUCAGCAGAUAUUUUGGUCAAUGUUGACUCUCAAGAGCCCAGUUGGUGGGUUUGGGUUAAGGAUGAUAUGGAUCCUUGUAACGUUGAGGAAUUGAGUGGAAUUGAUGAUGAGAGUUACUUGGUCAUCAGUCAGGAACAUGUGGUUGAUGGUGUUGCCAACUUUAUGGCCAAAUGCAUUUUGUCAAACCCGAAAGCUCUGAAUUUUUCACCGGAGGAACUGCAGAAAGCAAUAUCAAAAGCAUUGCAAGGAGCUAGCAAACUGGAAAAGAUUGUAGAUAUUUGGCAUGCUGGAAAGUUGUUUUAUACUCUGGCUACGUGGGGACUUGCUUUGGCUGGGCUUUACCAAACUCGUGCAUUGUUAAGAGUUGCUGCGAAAGGUGUUCAUUCAGGAAGUAAACUUGUUCUCAAGGCCAUAUAA